AUGGUGGUGGAGAUUCGCCACCGAAAAAAGUUCCUUGUGGAGGAAAGUUCUUUGUGCCAAAAACAAUGUGAACGAAGAUUGUUGGUUGCCAAAUGGUUCAAGCUUCAGAUUUUCAUCUGCAGUGUGGAAAAGUAUCUCAACUAUGGAAAGUAUUUGUAUGAGGCUGCGGAUAAUCAAACUCAUUGGAAUAUCUCAUAUAGGAGAACCCUGAGAGCUUGGGAAGAUGAGUUGCAUCUUGAGCUGAUUAGUAGACUGCCACAACCUCUCAGCAUUAAUAACAAUUGUGUGGAUCAUCUAUUAUGGACUGCUUUCCCAUCAGGCUCCUUUAUAGUUAAAUCUCUUUAUGAAAUUUUUGAAAAUUCUCUUCGUUUAACCCCUUUUCCGAUUAUGAAGAUGUGGAAAUCAGCAGCCCCUCCCAAAAUUAAAGCUUUUGGUUGGCUUGUUUGGUGGAAUCGAAUCGCCUCCUCGGAUCUCCUUGCUCGCAGGCUCAUUAUCCCCGCAAUCAAUCACUGUGCAUUCUGCGGUAUUGAUAACGAAUCUGCUUUGCAUUUGCUCUUGCAUUGUAAUUUUGCUUGGAAGGUUUGGGCUGAAAUUAUUUGUUGGUGGGGUUCCCAAUGGGUUUCCCCUAGUUCCUUACAAGACUUGCUUUUAUGGUGGUAUGGUCAAAAGUACAAAAACCUGGGUAAACUCAUCUGGGAGGUAAUUCCAUUGGCUGUGGUUUGGAGCUUAUGGAUUGCAAGAAACAACAUGGUUUUUAACUCUAAAGUUCCUGUUUGGGGAAAUAUUGUGGAUAGUAUCAAGAUCAAAGUGGCCACAUGGGUGAAGUUUUAUAGUCAUUUGCCUAAUUACACAAUCCAUGAUUUCAUGCACUGUUUGGAUGGAUUGAAGGGCCAUAAAUUGUAG